AUGGACCCCUUCACGGACACGCUGCAGCGGCUGCGGGAGGCCUUCCGUGCGGGGCGGACGCGGCCGGCGGAGUUCCGGGCCGCGCAGCUCCGGGGCCUGGGCCGCUUCCUGGAGGACCACAAGGAGCUUCUGCAGGAGGCGCUGGUGCAGGACCUGCACAAGUCAGCCUUCGAUACAGACGUUUCUGAACUCAUCAUGUGCCAGAACGAGGUCGACCUGGCGCUCUGGAACUUGACCACCUGGAUGAAAGACGAGCCUGUGGCCAAGAACCUGUUCACACGACUGGGCUCCGCCUUCAUCCGGAAGGAGCCCUUCGGCCUGGUGCUCAUCAUCGGCCCCUGGAACUACCCCGUGAGCCUGACCCUGGUGCCCCUGGUGGGCGCCCUCGCCGCAGGGAACUGUGUGGUGCUGAAGCCGUCAGAAAUAAGCAAGGGCACAGAGAACGUCCUGGCUGAGGUCUUGCCCCAGUACCUGGACCAGAGCUGCUUUGCCGUGGUGCUGGGUGGGCCCCAGGAAUCUGGGCCGCGAGUCUGGGCCCCGAGUCUGGGCUGCGAGGCCCCACGGCUGCACUGGCCGAGCCCAGCCUGGACCCCGAGUCUGCACCGCCAGUCUGGGCCGCGAGGCCCCAGCCUGGACCCCGGCUCCGGGAAGACCGUUCAGAGAAGCUGGCACCCCACCUCAGCCCCGGCCAGCCUGGAGAACCCCUCGCCGUCCUUCCUGGGGACUGUGGGGACACCGUCUGGCCCAGAGGGUCCCCGAGCCCUGCCCGAGGCCCCCCUCCCCAGGGCUGAGCCUCCGCCUGUGCCCGCAGCCCCCACGGUGCUGGUGGACGUGGAGGAGACGGAGCCGGUGAUGCAGGAGGAGAUCUUCGGACCCAUCCUGCCCAUCGUGAACGUGAGCGGCCUGGACGAGGCCAUCAACUUCAUCAACUGUCGGGAGAAGCCCCUGGCCCUGUAUGCCUUCUCCAACAACAAACAGGUCGUGAACCAGGUACUGGAUCGGACCAGCAGCGGCAGCUUUGGAGGCAAUGAUGGCUUCAUCUACUUGACCCUGACGUCCCUGCCGCUGGGGGGAGUUGGUAACAGCGGGAUGGGAAGGUACCACGGCAAGUUCUCCUUCGACACCUUCUCCCACCACCGCGCCUGCCUGUGCUCCCCUCCAGGCCUGGAGAAGCUCAAUGAGAUCCGCUACCCGCCCUACACUGACAUCACAGAGCAGCUGAUAAAGUGGGCCUUGCGCUCCCAGAGCUGCACCCUUCUGUGAGCACCCUGUGCUCCUCCAGCGCCCUGCCCCCCAGCCCUUCUGCCCCGCUCUGGCCCCGAUGUUCAGUGUGGUGCUUGAAAGGUGGGGAUCCUGCCGGGAGGGCAAAGAUCCUGCUCUUGGACCUUUGUCUCAACAGACCCCUGGCUGGGCAGGACCUUGGGGCCGAUGGUCCCGCCGUUUCAGGGCCAGAAUCCUGUCUCCUGACUCAGCCUAGAUAUGUCUGGUCAUGGGGUUCUUGUGGUUAGAAAGGACUUCCUUGUAUCAGAUCUAUAAUUAGGCUUCCAAAAUA